CCACACUGUUUCUGUCAGAUUAAUAGGUGCGGCCAUGUUGAUCUGUAGUGAAUAAAACUGAGUUAAUUUUCUUUUAGGGAAAUAAAAUUGACACAAUAUGCCCAAAUGCGACCUCAAAACGAGAUACAUCCCCGCGACGUUCGCCUGGACUCUAUUGUUGGGCACAACAUCCCUGUUUUUUUAUUUCCCGUGUCAAUAUUACCUUCACAAGCACCCAUGGGUUCCCGCGUACCAAGGCUUCAUAACGUUUUUUGUUUUGGCCAAUUUUACCCUGGCCACUUUCAUGGACCCGGGAGUCAUACCAAAAGCUCCACCUGACGAGGACCGCGAGGACGACUUCCGAGCGCCCUUGUACCGCAGCGUGGAGAUCAACGGUAUAACCGUGCGGAUGAAAUGGUGCGUCACGUGCAAGUUCUACCGGCCGCCACGGUGCUCGCACUGUUCUGUGUGCAAUCAUUGCAUAGAAACAUUUGACCACCACUGUCCGUGGGUGAACAACUGCAUCGGACGACGAAACUACAGAUUCUUCUUCUUCUUCUUAAUAUCGCUUUCCAUACACAUGCUGAGCAUAUUCGGCCUCAGUUUAUAUUAUAUCAUGAACAAUAACAAAACUUUGACGCAGGUCGAGCCUAUUGUGUCAAUGGUAAUAAUGGGCAUAAUCGCACUACUAGCGAUACCGAUAUUCGGCCUGACCGGGUUCCACAUGGUGCUGGUCUCCCGGGGCAGGACCACCAACGAGCAGGUGACGGGCAAGUUCACCGGGGGCUACAACCCCUUCUCGAAAGGGUGCUGGUACAACUGCUGUUAUACGCAGUUUGGUCCACAGUAUCCUAGUCUAGUCCGACCGUCGAAAUACAUCUACAAAGGCGGCAAGAAGCGGCGGGAAGCGAUGCCCGGCGGGGGGCACUCGGCGUCCGCCAUUUCCACGAUAGCGACCGACACGCAGCACCAGGUAAAGACGUACACGGCGGACAACGGCACCGCGCACCGCCCCGCCGGACCCCACGCGCACUAUAACAAGUUGGUGUGGGCGGCGCCCUCGCAGCUGUCUCCGGGACGGGAGGAGGCGGAGGGCGAGCUGGAUGGGCCAGGCGCCUCCCAGUCGGCGGACUGCGAGCCCACGCCGCCGCCCCUACAGCGCCGGGGCUCUGCGGCCAACCUGUUCCCGCCCGACGCACAUCAUCACCUGCCGCCAAGGCCGCACCAUUAUCCGAGACUCAGUCCGCUUUCGAGAAAUACCAGCCACGGUGGCACCACGACAUCCGGCUACCGAGUCGUAAUGGAGCCGGUGAGAUACGAUACGGGCUCCAACGGCGGAGCCCGGCCCUCGCCCACAAUGCAACAGAGGAUCAAGGCUCUGGGCGUCCCCACGCCGCUGGCCGUCAGCAGUCCAGUCAGAAGGUCCAACCCGGGCACGCCGACGCAGCCGCGCCGCCCCGACUUCAUCGGCGUCGGCGGCCGCGCCUCGCCGCAGCGCCGCUUCCUGUCCGAGGGCGAGCUGCUGCGGCCCGAGCCCGCCGCGCCGCACCGCCCCACGGCCGACGACAUCCGCGAGCUGGCCGCGUCGCCGCAGCGCGGCAACUACCUGUGGGCGGAACGCGCGCCGCACCCGGCGGCGCCGCACGCGCACGCGCUGCCGCACGCGGCGCCGCGCGGCGGCGUGGCGGUGUUCCCGCCGGGCGUGGCGUCCCCGCUGGCGCGGCGGCGGGCGGGCGGCGGCGGCGGGCGGCCGCUGUCGUUCGUGCGGGCGCUGGAGGUGCAGGACGCGCUGGAGUCGCGGGCGCCGCCGCCGGACCCGCCCGACCGCGCCUCCGUCUACGACUGCAACUACGAGAUCUCCGUCUGAGCGCACCCACUUUUAUAUCUAUGUAUAUUUGUGAGUCAUUUGUAAUGUUGACCUAUAUUUAAUUGUGAAUCGUCGAGAGAGUGUACAUAGUCCCCCAGUGUUGUGAUUCCGAGAUGACAUAAUAAUUAUAUAGAACUAUAUAAAAGAGAAAAUGUAUCAGCACCCGAGUGUCUCAAUUAUUGUGUAAAAAUAUAUUUAUGAAUAUUGUUUUUCAAGGAGCUGUUGUAUGUUUUUCCUUUAGGUUUAAAUCGACGUGUCAGGUAGUCGGAGGUUAUGGAAUUGACUGAUUCGUUAAUCUGCCUCAAUUUUUUUAGUUGAAACUUUCUGCGGGCGCAGCGAGGUUUAGAAAAUGUCGCAGCGAGGUUUAGAAAAUGUCGCAGCGUGCGUUUUUUACUUGACGUUUUUAUCAAAAAAGUAUUAUUUCUUUAUCGUUAGUUUUGGACGCCGUUGCUACUCUUAUAAUUGUACUCCAUUAAUAAGAGGUGUAGCAAACUAAGCGAGGUGACACAAUUCGACAGAGAUGACUUCUCCAAAGUAAAAAAUGCACGAUGCGUGAAAUAAUGUGCCAAAUAUUCUGUAGUCACAGGUAGCUUAGAGCACGCGUCUUGUUCAUUGAUUUUUAGCUUUUGAUCUUCGAUGUGGGAAUUAUAAAACUUUCCUGAAUUUUGUUGUGAUAAAACCACGUUAAACAAAUUGCUAAAUCCUUUGUAUCACUUGCGCUGUUUGACCUUAUGAGAACGUCAAGUCUAUUAAUUCUUGUAAUCUAGUGAUAAAUUAAACUUUCCUAUUUUAUGAUUAGUGACAAAAUAUAAAUAUAAUAUGUGAUUAAAUGUUCACGAUAUAAUCAUAUCUGCGUGUGUUAAAAUGUGAAAAAUUGUUGUGUGAUUACAACGCACUAAAAUAAUUUAUAAUUAAAUAUAAAAUUAUGUAAAAACUUUGGCUCGAGCAACUUGUUCCGGAUACUCAAACGUCAGUUAGAACUACGCGGCGCCGGCGCAUGAUCUAGUGAUUUUGUGUAUCGUGUUAUGAAGAACACAUAAUGUCGGUAUUAUCAGGCAGCUUUGAAGGUUUAUGAACAAUGCAAUUGAAAGUUUUAUUUAAAUAGUUGCUAUUUCUAAAUUAAAUUUAAUAUCAGUAGUUGCCUGAGUUCACUACGAGCGCAGACUACGCGUGAACUAUCAGACCUAUGUAUAUCUUUGGUUAGGAUCGGUUGUGACAGGAAUUAUUGCGUGUCACCUAUGUUCUAUGUAGAAUUUAUGUAAACUAUAAAUGCAUGGACAGAGUUUUAGCCUGCAAAACAUCGACAAACUUCGCUUCGAAUUAAAGACCACAUUAAAGUAGUUUGCAAAUAAACAAUCAAAUUACCAAAAUUGUGGCGAAAUGGUUUUACAUAAAAUCUACAUUGAGUUUGGUCUGUGAAAGUCUCGAAACGACAAUUUUUUAAGCGUUAAAAACGUGCGAAAUAAAGUAUCGCCAUUUUGUUUUCAUCACGGAUCUCAACUUUCCGAAUUCCUAUUUUGCCCAGCAUAAACUGUACUUAUACUGUUUGUAAUGUAAAAAGAAUAUAUUAUUCUAUUACACGGGAUGCACUGAACGCGUUGAAAUAGAAGUGAGUCAGUUGAGAUUACAUUAUGUACAUAAAUAAAUAAAUAUCUAUUAUUAAUAUGAUAUAAUAUAAAAUAUCAAAAUAUAUAAAACGUAUCACCAGAUUUUGAUACGCGAGAUCGCGAACGCUGAUUACCAAAAUAUUCGAUGGUGAUACGUUUUAACAUGUAUAGAAAAAAAUACAAUAACUGUCUUCUAUUUAUUAAGGUUUAAGUAUGUAAAUAUUCAUGAGAAAUAUGUAAAACAGAUAUCUAAGGACAAUUUUGUAUAGAACUUGUGUAAUAGUAUUUGUUGUGAAUGUUACUAUUGCGUAUGUAAUAACAAACACUGUUUUAGUUUUGGUGCCAGUAAAUACAAUAUUUUUUAAAACUACAUAAUAAACAUAUCAGCAGCGUAUUUUUUUUUUAAUACGUAGCAAAAAGGUUUUGUUGAACGGCCUACUAGGAACUGUUUUAUGUUGUUCUUUUAUUCGUUCGUCUGCCUCUCAUCACUGCACAUUCCGUUUCUCAUAUUUAUUUUAAUGUAGUUAUCGUUUUGGCACAUUAGUUUGAUUGUGCGUACUUAAAUUUUCACGUUUAGUGCUAUAUUAACACUGUUGAAAUGACAAUGCACAUGAUCAUAGUAAUGUUGUUGAUUGACCUGACUAAAGUCCAGAUAUUAAUGUCCAUAAAUAUCUUAUAUAGAAAGACUAUUUCUAGUUAGAAGUAAUUAUUUGAAAUAAAAUUGUAUGAUAUUUUGGUGUAAACGUAUUUGCAUGUUUUAAGUUAUUAGAAAGUGGUGUAGAGAAAGUUCUUUGUAAUUAAUGCGUAGUUAAUUUCUAUAGAAUUUUGGUUGUCCGAAUGCGUUUAGACCAAAAUAUCAUGCGUGUAUAUGUACAAAUUGUACAAAAGAUUGUUUUUUUUUCGACAUUUCCCUUCAUCCGAAAAUGUGUCAUUUGAGGAUAAAUAGGUUUGAAAUACAGCUGCGCUGCAACAUACCUAAGACUAAUGUGUAAUUAUAAUAGUACCUCCUCAAAGCGUUAUUAUUACCUAUAUGUGACAGUGUUUUAUUUUUGUAUUUUGAUAAAAUUUGUGUAAAUAAUUUUCUUAUUUUAUUGAUAUUAAACUCAAUUAAUCAA